AUGCUCCCACGGUCCGCUUACCGAGGAAUAGAAAGGGAGGACCGGGGGCCAGAGCAAGUUGGGUUGGGGUAUAGAGCCGUAAGCGCGGUGGGGGGGUUACAGAGGACGUGCUCGUACGGUUCAAAGAAGGCGCGUUUGGAUCCGCGAAGGCAAUCGCUCGGAUGUUCCCCUAACCCAACCCGAGAACGGACCGGAGGGAACCGCAGCAUGGGGGAUGUCCGCGUCUCGUCGCAAGGCUCAUUUUUAGUUUUUGGUUUAAGGGCGGAUUUAUCUGAUCAAGGGCCGGGGCACAAGGGUCCUGGUACUAUCCAGGUGCGAAGAACCCCGGAGGUGACUGCAAUGAGCAGAAAUCUCACUCACCGGCCUAAACGACGAGCAAACACUCGAACGUGA